AUACCGGUGCAAAUGAUUCAUUAUAUACUGAUAAUAUUCCUGAAUAUUUAGGGAUAAAAAUAGAUAAGAAAAAUGUUCACAAACUUACUGGCACAGUUGGAGAUUCCCAAUAUAUUGGUACUACAUAUAAUGUUCCUAUAACUAUAGGUACUGAAGAAGAUUUUAUAACGGUUUCUGAAAAAGAAAUAUCUGUAAUCCCCACAAAAAAGGAUCGAAAUGGAAAAGACAUAUCUAUAAUGAUACUUGGUACAAAAUGGCAACACCGUGUUGAAUGGGAUCCAAUAGUGAAAGGAGAAUUCAAAGCUACACACAAUGGAAAGACUAUUAUAAUUCCUCUUUCUACUUGCAAAGAAUUACGCAAUGCAUUUAAUACAGAAAAAUUACAAGCAUCAGAGAUAAAAAAAAAUCAAUAA